ACGACGCCCCUGGCGGCCACUUUUCCCGCGUCCGCCUGGGCUGCGCAGCGGAGCUCGGUGACAGUUGAGGAUGGCCGGAGCCGAGAGCCCCGCCGGUUGCCAGGCAGAGCUGGAGCCCGUGGUGUCGCUGGUGGACGUGCUGGAGGAGGACGAGGAGCUGGAGAAUGAGGCUUGCGCCGUCUUGGGCGGCAGCGACUCGGAGAAGUGCUCUUACUCGCAGGGCUCAGUGAAGAGACAAGCACUGUAUGCCUGUAGUACCUGCACACCAGAGGGAGAAGAACCGGCAGGAAUUUGUUUGGCUUGCAGCUAUGAAUGCCAUGGAAGUCAUAAACUAUUUGAACUAUACACAAAAAGAAAUUUUCGUUGUGAUUGUGGAAACAGCAAAUUUAAAAAUUUGGAAUGCAAAUUAUUUCCUGACAAAUCAAAGGUAAAUUCUUGCAAUAAGUACAAUGACAACUUUUUUGGAUUAUAUUGCAUUUGUAAGAGACCUUACCCUGAUCCUGAAGAUGAGGUUCCAGAUGAGAUGAUUCAGUGUGUGGUCUGUGAAGACUGGUUCCAUGGCAGGCAUCUCGGUGCCAUUCCGCCUGAGAAUGGGGAUUUCCAAGAGAUGGUGUGCCAGGCUUGUAUGAAGCGCUGUUCUUUCUUGUGGGCUUAUGCUGCCCAGUUGGCAGUCUCCAGGAUAUCUGCUGAAGAUGAUGGACAGCUGCUGAAUGUUGAUGGGAUGGGCGAUCAAAACUUUGUCAAGCCUGAAAAUGGAGGCCAUGAAGAUAAUACCCUGAAAGAAGAUGCUCCAGAACCUGAAAGGAAUGCUGGCAAGGAAGCUAAAGCAGAGCAGAAUAAUGAGCCAUGUGCUAGCUCUAGUUCUCAGUCUGACCUCCAGACCGUGCUUAAGAAUGGAAACACCAAAAGUGAGUCACAGUCUGGCUGCAGACUUCAGGAGCUUCAAGCCAAGCUGUUUGUAAAGAAGGAUGCUGCCACCUACUGGCCCCUGAACUGGCGCAGCAGGUUGUGCACCUGCCAAGAUUGUAUGAAAAUGUAUAGAGAACUAGACGUGCUGUUCCUGACAGAUGAAUAUGAUACCGUUCUGGCAUAUGAGAACAAAGGCAAGAGUGACCAGGCAGCGGAUAGAAGGGACCCUUUGAUGGACACUCUCAGCAGCAUGAACAGAGUCCAGCAAGUGGAGCUCAUUUGUGAAUACAAUGACUUGAAGACUGAGCUUAAAGACUACCUGAAGAGAUUUGCUGAUGAAGGCACGGUUGUUAAGAGAGAAGACAUUCAGCAGUUCUUUGAAGAAUUUCAGUCAAAAAAGAGGAGGAGAGUGGAUGGGCUGCAGUAUUAUUGCAGCUAGAAUGGGGCAACAUGCUUCCUCAUUCCGGUUCACAAAAAUGCCACUAUUCCGGAAUAAAGAGGCCCAUGUCAGACUUGGUCCCCUUUCCAUCCUCCUGUGGCGUCAAGCUCCCUGCUCCUUAACUGUAGCCACAGUGUCCGUGCUGGUCUCUCAAGCGUCCUCUCUGACUCAGCUCAUUCCACAGACUUCAGCUUUUCUGUCCAGGAUUUUUUUUUUUUUUUUUGCUUAUGUUUUAAGUAGUUUGAUUUGAUCUUGAGAAAGCAAAUUGGUUUCUUUUUUAGCAAUUUGUUCUAUGACUCCCAAAUGUGUAUCCACAGAGCUACUGCCUUCAGGGUCCUCUGUGUCUUGCAGGUUCUCUUCCUGUCAGCCUGAACUUCUGUGUGGGACAAUCCCUGCUGCCCCCAUGAUCACGGUGCCUUGGGUCAAAGCUUCCUCAACCCUGCUCUGUGAUUCCUCUCAUUGCUUGUGAGGUUUGAUUAUGGCUUAAAGAGACUUGGGAACUUUUCUCUGGACCAACCUUCAGAGUAGCCAGGACUGGUGUUCUGGUGUUGAUAUCUAUCGGAGGCAGGGAGGUUGACUCAUGGCAGGACUGAGGAAUCAAGCCUUUGUUCUGAAUUUUGCUGAUGAGUUUAAAGUGAAAUUUCAUCACCAUUCUUCUAGUCCUCAGACAUCAGCGUUAGUACUGUAAUGCUCCCCGGGCUUCUGGGGAAUCCACUCAGAUGGGAGUCCCUUUGCUGCUGCCUAAAAAUGACGCUCCCACCCGUGACAUGUGGGUGCUUUAGAGUUCUCCAGUUUUUUACAUUAUCAGGGAUAUGCAUACGUAUAUAUGAAAAUGGACCUAUUUUGAUACUGUUGUGUUAGGAAAAAUGUUCUUGGAACCCCAGUAAGUUAUUUUUCCCCUUGAGUCUGUGCUGAAGGCAAAGAUACAGACUGACCCUCGUGGCAGUGAGUGGGGCAGCGACAGGCCUGGAAGAGACUGCAGAUUCCAGACAAAGCCCUCAGCUGCACACACGUUGAGAUUUUGUGUGUAAACAGCAUGCACAGCUACUCCCCUCCUGACUGGUCUGAAGCUCCUCAUGGAUUGUUGUGUAAAACUCCCGUGUUUGACAGAAGUCUUUUGGAUGGUGUGAACUCUUUUUAAAGCUCCCUCAGUCUAUGUGGAAAACAUCUUUGGUCCACAAAGCCCUAAGUUGCACCCUCUAGAGGGUCAGAGUCUUCCUAGCACACUGUGAGGUACAUUAAGGGCACUUUAGGUCACAUGUUGGUGUGGAUAUUUUUGUGUGUGUGCAGCAUUUGUAUGCAUGAGUACUUUCCAAUUCCUGGACAAGAUGAAGUAGCCUACAAAUAAGGCCUCAGGAAAUGGCCUGGCUCCUGUGCGGUGUACAGCCUGCAGCAUCCUAAUAACAGAUGCUGUGAGGUCUGACCUGCAGAGCUGGAAGGUCCCAACUGCCGGCAGUGCCUGUGUGCACUGAGCUGGCCUGGCGAGGGCUCCAUUAGAACCCUUAGGUGCCUACAGCCUGGGGGGUGGUCUUCCAAGUCUGAGGAUAUUUAGAACUUGAGAGUUGCCCUUUCCAUGUACCAGUGUGUCCUCAAAGUUUGUAUCUUCCCAGAUGUCUGAUUUAACUACCAAAAAGUUCCUGUCUGCUUGUGACAGGUCAGAACCAAGGCUCCGCGCAGUGUCAGUGAGCAGCAAAAGUACAAAUGGCCAGUGAAGGGCUUGCCUAAGAAAAGUCCCCACUUAACCAGAAAACCUCUUUUUGUACCUGUUCACAACUAGUUUUCUUAUUAUUGGGCUGUCUCUUCUUGUAGAGAUGGUUUGGGCCAACAUGUGGCACUUGAUAUUAAUGCAUGGUUUUUUUCUUUUUCUUUUUUCUUUUUUUUUUGCAUAAGAAAAAAUGUGAUACUAGUUGCUGUUAAGGAAUUCUGGCAUUGUAUGUACAUUUUUUUUUGUAGAAAUUAUUACUGAACUUAACAUACUUAAAUCAGGUUUUUGUAAAAUCCAAAUUAAAGCAAUUCAAAAUA